CGUCUGUGAGCCACUGCCGGCUCCUGGCCAGACUCCCUCCUUUCUCCUCACUGACUGAUGGAUCUCAAGGGGCUCCACUCUUUGACCCUCCUGCUGUUUCUCUCCCUGGCCUUUGAGCCGAGCUAUGGACUAGUCACAGGCAUGAUGAACUGCCCCAAGACUCUCCACCAGUUGGGAAGGAAAGUGUUGCUGCCUCUGACACAUGAAGGGAUAAAGAAGAGCACGAACAGAAGCAUCCACAUCGUUGUCACAGUAGCAACGUCACCAGAAAACAGCGUCAAGAAGAAAAUAGUGUCUCUUGAUCCAUCUGAAGGAGGCCGUCCGCGUUAUCUAAAGGACCGCUACAAGUUUCAUCUGGAGAAUUUGAGCCUGGACAUCCUGGAAAGCAGGAAGGAAGAUGAGGGAUGGUACUUUAUGACCCUGGAGAAAAAUGAUUCAGUUCAGCACUUUUGCCGGCAGCUGAAACUUUAUGAGCAGGUCUCCACUCCAGAAAUUAAAGUAUUAAACAAGACCCAGGAGAAUGGGACAUGCACCUUGAUGCUGGCCUGCAUGGUGGAGAAGGGGGACAAUGUGGUUUACAGCUGGAGUGAGAAAGCAGACAGCCAGCCUUUGAGCUCAGUCAACAGCUCCCACCUGCUGUCUGUCACCCUCGGCCCCCAGCAAGCUGACGACACCUACAUCUGCACUGUGAGCAACCCCAUCAGCAACCACUCCAAGGCCAUCACCCCCUGGCCCAGAUGCCACACAGAACCUUCGGGACCAGUACCAUGGGGACUGUAUGCUGGGCUGUGCUUUGGGGUUGUCAUUGGUGCCGUCAUAAUUCUCGAAGUGGUACUACUACUGUUGAGAAGAGGAGGUAAAACAGACCAUUACCAGCCAACAAAAGAAGCAAAAAGCCUUACUAUUUAUGCUCAAGUCCAGAAAUCAGGUGCUCUUCAGAAGAAAUAUGACCCCCUCCCAGCUCAGAACCCCUGCACUACCAUUUACGUUGCUGCCACAGAGCCUCUCCCUGAGUCUGUCCAGGAACCAAACUCCAUCACAGUCUAUGCCAGUGUGACGCUUCCAGAGAGCUGACACGAAGGAUCCAGUAAAGGGACUUUCUGAAAAUAAACACUGAACUUGGCCGCGGGUUUCAAGUUCCCUGAGACAGACACUCUGCACAUCUGUACCCUUCUCAGAUCAACUCCUGGUGAUGGUUCCUUCAUCCACACCUAUGAAACAGACAAGGCAGUGAGGCUCCCCACGCUCCCAGUCUGUGUUGCCCUGGCAUAGACACUGGGCGGAGAACUACUCGACGCAGCUGUCCAUCUUUGCAGUGUGGCAGAAGAAAUGGGCAGUGUGAGUCCAGACUCUGGGCAUCCUGCUCUUUGCUGGAACUGGAUGAUAAAAACCAAAGACAGAGAGUCAGGACCCCUAUCUCAGCCCGUUGAACACUGGCUGCAAAGUCUGGAAAAGCUCACAUUUGGGGUGUCUUUACUUUAUUCUGGGAGCUGAUCCUGGUCACCUGCAGACCUUAUUAAGGAGGUGGGCAUGCCUCAGUUUCUCUUUCUGGAUGAAAGAGAAAAGAAGGGUGAAGAGUUAAUUCUUUACUAUUGUAAAACACUGUGAGAUUGUUCUAUAGAUGAAGCUAAGAAAAUCCAUAUUUUAUUUACAAAACCCAGAAGCUAAAGAAUCAAUAAACUGAAAAAAUGACUUUGAGAUCUCUGAGCUUUCAACCACAGAAUGAAAACCAUCUAAGAUUUUUAAAAGUAGAGUUCUAUGCAAACAGCAUUUAGUUUAGAAAAAAAAAAUGUAGCAAGCGCUUGGCUGUUACAAGGGAAUGUGAGAUACUCAGAAGAACUUAUCCCAGAGUGAUUGUCCCCCCUCUCAAAAUGAUUUUUAAAUCUGUGUUCUCUGUUUAUUCCCUUGAACAACAAACCUGGAGCCUCUGCUAAGGCUCUCUCCAACAAUCUGGCUCUGACCUUUUCUUCAGAGCCUCAUGGGGUAUUGCAGACCAGAGUUUCUGCCAGGCUCAUCCUACUCCCUGCAUACCUCUUCUCACACUAAUUUU